AUGGGCUCGUGCACCGCUGGCGCCUUGUGGGGCUUCAUCAUCUCCUUCCGACUGCAUGACUAUCUCCUGUGCCUCAUCUGCGGUUUCUUCGCGCUUGGCAUAAGCAUGGUGCGCCCUAGCUGCCGGCCAUUUUCAUGGACCGAUCCAAGUAUCAGCUUUCCAUACACGGAUUCCGAGACCUUCCCAUCAUGGACGCUGCUCCUCAUCUCCAUCUUGCCAGUCGUCGUCUACGUCGUGGGUGAGGCAGUGCGCCAUGUCUGCCUGGGAUACCGGUACGACGCAAUGAUGGCCCGCGAUCCGUGUAAUGAGAACAAAUGGCUUAUGAUGGAAGAUCAGCUUGAUGGUGGUGGUGCAGCACAAAAUGCUGGUGAGGGGCCCAGUCGCUGCGACGCCGCGUCACCCCUGACGUUCCCUUCACCGUUGAUGGAUUCUGCACUCUCGGGGGACAGACAAGGAGAAAUCGACGUUUUGGUGAUCAGGACGCUGUCGUCUGCAAAUAUCGAGGCGCGGGAGGCGCAGGUAGGCUCAUCGACGGUGAACGCUGCAUCAAGUCGUGAGCCGGUGUCACCGGGGGCUUCCUUCAACACCCACGAUGGGCACACUGACAACCGUGGGCCCGCAGCAGCCAGCUCCCCCGGCAAGCAGAGGGCGCGCACACACACGCUUGCACAUCGGUGGCAGCGUUUUCUCUUCCACGCACACAUUUGGUUUCUGACACAGGCUUUCUCACUUGCCUUCGGCUCGGUUUUAAUGACCACGAUAAAGGUCUCCGCCGGUCGACUGCGCCCCGACUUCCUUGCCCGCCUGCGCAAAGAGGGCUUCACUCCCCAGAGCACCGGCGUUGACUGGUGCGCAGUGCCCAAAGAUGGCCGCGUCUCUUUUCCAUCGGGACACAGCAGCAUCGCCUUUUCCGCCAUCGUUCCGUUUUGUUUUUACGUGCUGCACUUGCUGCAGGCGUUCCGCCGCAGUGGCGUUUCGCUUUGGCGCAUCUUUAUGGGUCUUGCUCCGCUUAUUCUCCCCAUCACAGUGGCCGUCUCACGGACUCUCGAUAACCGUCACUACUUCGACGACAUUGCCGUCGGCAGCGCGAUUGGCAUCGUCAGCGCAGUGAUCGCUGUCAGUGCUACAAUGGUGGCGGAUGACUGCACAGGACACCUGGUGCCUCGUCUUGCGUACCAUUAG